AUGUAUGAGCUCUUUCUUACAACGCUCGUCGACGACGAUGAUAUCCAGGCAGCUUGCUCCGUCUUGGGUGGUCUCUGCGCUAUGCCCGCCUGGCAAAGUCUCCAUCGCGUGCUCUAUUUCAAGGGCCCGGCCAAACCGGGUGGGAUCUCAAAACAGAAUUCUAUCCCUAAGACGCCGCGAAAGGACAUUCAGAUGUUGUGGAAGGACCUGCACCAGCAAUUGAGUCGCCAAUCCUACAUUCUUCAAGCUCGCUAUGAGGUGUUCAAGGACAAGGACUUCGGCCCGACCGCCCCGGAAGUGGACUUCAACGCGCGUCCCGGCACCCUUCGCUGGACUGACUUCCCCGACCCUCCCCAGAACCGCUCGUCCGUCACUCAGCGCAAGAAGACGGAGAUCUGGGACCAAAAGGACUUGAUGUCGGUUAUGAGAGACAACAAUUACCAGUUUAAGAGCGAGGCUGUUGAGGAGACCUAUCAAUUCUUCAGAGAAGAUGUCGAGUUUUGUCUCUCAAGACACUACAUUCUGCAGAUGAACGGUGACAAUGGCCCCCUCACGCACACAGGUCCGUGGGAAACCAUGUCUCCGGCCGAUCCUGGGCGGCGAUGGAUGUUUCUGAUCAAAGUCCAUGUUCACCAAGACAACAAACCUGACGAGAUCCUCAAGGCACACGAGCAACUGGCCAGCAUUCGACGCGAGCUAGAAGGCGUCUUCGAUUUUAAGAUGUUCGACAGACGUAUCCAUGACACCCGCGUCGCAGUCGAGGUGCGGAACGCGCCAGCGCCACUACCCCAGGUCAUGACCGUCACUGAUCAGCGGUAA